AGGCGCCAUGUUUCUGUCCUCGCUGGCUGUAUGGCUCAUCGUAGUCACCUUCUCCUCCAACCGCGCCAUGGCCGUGAAGAAGGAAAGUCGCCUGCAGACGCUUUCUAGAGGGUGGGGAGAUGACAUCACUUGGGUCCAGACGUACGAGGAGGGAUUGUACAAUGCAAAAAAGAGCAAUAAACCGCUGAUGGUGAUCCACCAUUUAGAAGACUGUCAGUACUGCCAAGGGGUGCAAACCGAGGGCCCGGCAUUCUCAUCGUUGGCCAAAGAGAAUUUCAUCAUGCUCAACCUCGUGCAUGAGACUACAGACAAGAACCUGGCCCCGGACGGGCAGUACGUCCCCCGGAUCAUGUUUGUUGAUCCGUCACUUACUGUCAGAGCCGACAUCACCGGGCGUUAUUCCAAUCGUCUCUACACCUAUGAGCCGCAAGACGUCCCCGUCUUGAUAGAGAAUAUGAACAAAGCGCUGCGCCUCGUCCAGACAGAGCUCUGA